UCAAGUGAAAAGGAAACGAAAAUGGCAGACUUUAUCCUUUGUAAUCCUCAAUUAAUCCAAUACUAAUAGUAACACUGCUCUGGUGUCGCCGCCGCAGAUGGCCGCUAGCAGCGAUCCCAACCCGGAGGGUUCCAAUGAGCAACAGAAACGAUCGGAGAUAUACACUUACGAGGCCCCCUGGCACAUCUACGCCAUGAACUGGAGUGUCCGCCGCGACAAGAAAUACCGUCUCGCUAUCGCCAGCCUUCUUGAGCAGUACACUAAUCACCUCGAGAUUGUUCAGCUCGAUGACUCCAAUGGAGAGAUCCGAUCCGACCCAAACCUCUCUUUCGAUCAUCCCUAUCCCCCAACCAAGACCAUCUUCAUCCCCGACAAGGAGUGCCAGAAACCCGAUCUUCUCGCCACUUCCUCUGACUUUCUCCGCAUUUGGAGGAUCUCCGAUGAUCACUCCCGGGUCGACCUCAAGUCCCUCUUUAAUGGCAACAAGAACAGUGAGUUCUGCGGCCCUCUUACCUCCUUCGACUGGAAUGAGGCGGAGCCCAAGCGAAUCGGCACCUCCUCCAUUGAUACGACUUGUACUAUUUGGGAUAUCGAGAGGGAAACGGUGGAUACCCAGCUUAUUGCCCAUGAUAAAGAGGUUUAUGAUAUCGCCUGGGGCGGCGUUGGUGUUUUUGCUUCUGUUUCUGCUGAUGGGUCGGUUAGGGUUUUCGACCUUCACGACAAGGAGCACUCCACUAUUAUUUAUGAGAGUUCGGAGCCCGAUACUCCGCUUGUACGGUUGGGGUGGAACAAGCAGGACCCAAGAUACAUGGCCACUAUAAUUAUGGACAGUGCUAAGGUGGUUGUUUUGGAUAUCCGCUUCCCUACACUGCCGGUGGUUGAGCUGCAGAGGCACCAGGCUAGUGCCAAUGCCAUAGCGUGGGCACCCCACAGCUCUUGCCAUAUUUGCACUGCCGGGGAUGAUUCCCAGGCCUUGAUUUGGGACUUGUCCUCCAUGAGUCAGCCUAUGGAGGGUGGGCUUGACCCAAUCCUCGCCUACACCGCCGGGGCCGAAAUCGAGCAGUUACAGUGGUCAAUUUCCCAGCCUGAUUGGGUGGCCAUCGCGUUCUCCACCAAGCUUCAGAUUCUCAGGGUAUGAGUGUAUGGAAUUGUUAUAACCUUGCAGGUGGAACUUGGAAGGAUAGAAGCCGAUAUAGCAAUGGCAUCAACGGGCAACUACGUGACCAAAGGACACGGAUUGGUUCAUGCGGAGUUAAAUCUAAUGACAAUAUAUUUGUCAAGGGAGAAAAAUUGUGAGGAUGAGUGGUCAUUGGUAGAGCAAUAUAAAAAGCCUGUUUUCAUAUAUCGGGUCUUUGACCUCUAGCAGUCAUGUUAGUUCGGUUUCACAAGUGGAUUUUCUGUUACCUGUUUUUGUUAAGCGCGGUGAAGAGGGUCAUGGAGAAGUAUCAAAAACUCUGUUUAUGCAUUGGAGAAUUCAUUGCUAUUUGUGUUUUAGUUGAUACAAGAUAAACUUUGGCCAAUUUGGAUCAUAUGGUUGCUAUUAACAGUAUCAAUUUCUUAUUAGGGGUUUGCAGCACCCUUAGUGGGAGUUAAU